CGCUGCCCUCAGCGGCUCCACCGGGACCGUCGCUCACCGCGAGGCGCUGCACUUUCUUAGUCAGCUCCGGAGCGUGAGCCCCGUCCAGGCUGUCCACUUUCUCUCCCCCUUUGAAAAAAAGGAAAGUGGGGACGGAGGAAAUUUCAUACUUCUCCGACACCUCCGGGACCGCUUCCGCCUCCAGCUUCACGAACGUAGUGUGCGCAUGUUCUUUGGCUAGUUCGGCCAUCACCUCGUUCAUUUGGCCACACUGAGGAGCCCACGCCGCUUGGAAAUGCACCACGGUCAGGCAUUUUCCAGCUUUGGCUAAGAAAUCUUCAAACUGCUGUUGGGUAGUCGCCUCCACGAGAUUCGCCAUUUUUCUUUCCUUUCACCCUCUGCACGCGUAGUGGUUCCGGUGCCGCCUAGACGUCAUAUCCGCGUAGCCUGGCAGUUUCUGGCAAGUACCAGAGAAGCUACAGGGAAGUCGUUUGCAUGCUAGCUGAUGAUAAGAAAACAGCUGCAUACACUGGAUACGUCGAGAGGAUAGUAACUUUUAAGGAACACAAUGGAAGAACAAACUGCUGACAUAGAGGUGACGGUGAAAACAUUAGACUCCCAGAGCAGAACCUACACUGUUGGUGCUCAGCUGACGGUGAAAGAGUUCAAGGAGCACAUUGCCCCAUCAGUGGGUAUACCAGUGGAUAAACAGAGGCUGAUCUACCAGGGCAGAGUGCUGCAGGACGAAAGGACUCUGACAGACUACAAUGUGGGUGGAAAAGUGAUCCACCUGGUGGAGCGAGCGCCCCCUCCACCCUCACAGCCCGGCUCAGGGUCAGGAGGCUCUUCGGCUGAGAGUGGGCCAUCUUCUUCCUCCCAGGGAACAUCGCAAGUGCCUCCACACGAUCGCAACGCUAACAGCUACGUAAUGCUUGGCACAUUCAACCUCCCUGUCAACAUCAUGGAUCCCCAGCAAAUACAGAUGUCAGUCCAGCAAAUGGUGUCCAGCAUGGGAGAGAAUGCCAGGAAUGCCAGAGUCACAACCAGCACUGGGAGCAAUGGGUCUGUGAAUGUGCACAUCGAUAUGGACCAGCCAGUGCAGAGUGAGCCGAGGCUGAGGCUGGUCUUAGCUGAGAACCUGCUGAGGGACAUCAAUGAUGUCAUCCAACGAAUGGAGGGUCGACCAACUGACUCGUCCUCUCAAACAGAGACAACCGAUGCUGCUGCUGCCGCUGCUCCCCCUCCUCCAUCAUCUUCCUCCACCACCUCUACUCCUUCUCCCUCUGCUCAGCCAAUGGACACCUCCCCACCUCCAACAACUCCCCCACCUCCGCCCUCCUCUUCAGCUCAAUCUGAGGGACCAACACCGCAACCUGGACCCAAUCAUCCCAGCCCGGCUGAACUGGCAGAGAUGCUGUCUGAGCUGCGGAGGGUUGAGGAGAGACUGCAACCAUUCAUCCAGAGAGCUCACACCAUCCUCGAGACGAUUUCAACAAGAUUGGUUUCUUUUCUGCUACAGGAGAGAGAGGAGGACCAGCGAACACUCGCCCUGACGUGGGAGUGUCUGCGUCUCCUUGGUAACACUCUAGUAGCUCUCAGCGACCUGCGAUUGAACCUAAUGAGUCCCGUCCCCCGUCACCUGCAUGUAGUCCGGCCAUUUUCUCAUUACACCAACCCGGUGUCCCUUCCUGGAGCUAUGCACCACCACAUCCCAGUGCAAUUAGGCGCCCUCCCUCCUGAUUUUAUGAGGAAUCUCAUGCAACAAAUCAGCCAAUAUGCUGCUGCCGUAGCGACCAGCGCCGCCACCGCAGCUUCCACCGGCCAACCAACCCCACCGCAGCCUACCCCUCCCAGCUCCACAGCCAGCUCCUCUGCCACGACCACUUGCCCUAAUACACCCAGCACCACUCCUACCGCUCCCCCGCCACCACCCAGUACUGGCCCCCAACCCCAGGCACGGGUUGUCUUCACCCGACCCCCGUUUGCACCCAACAUGCCCCCUCCUGCCUUUGGUACCCGGGGAACCACCAUAAAUGUGAGGACUGCCAUGCCAGGCCAGCAGCCGGGACAGGCUUUCAACCCCGCUGCUCUCAACCAGAUGAUUAGUGGACUGGUUGGACAGCUGCUGCUCCCUGGACAAAUGGCUGGUCAAACGGUCACAUCCUCUUCUUCCUCUACAUCCACACCCACCUCUUCUGCCUCCCAGCCCAUCUUUUCUCCACCCCCUCCUCCCCCUGGUACCACUCCAGCACCCGGGGCAAGGCCCAACCCAACACCUAAUCCUGGCGCAGCAGCAGCUGAAGCCCUCGACCCGGAGCUGUUCACGGGCAUCGUUCGCGGUGUCCUCAGUACCAUGAUGGGUUCUCUGGGCCAAGGUCAGAACGACACGGAGAGCAUCGCCCAGUUCAUGCAGAGGCUGUCGCAUAACUUUGUUUUGUUCCAGCGGAGGAUGUCAAGUGACAUCAGCCCCAGUCUGGUUAACUGGAUGACCAGCAUGAUGACGAUGAGACUGCAGGUGAUUCUGGAGCACAUCCCUAUCACACAGGAGCAGAUCCAGAGCUACAUAGUUCACACACAGGUAACGCAGCAGACACAAACACACACACACACGCAUGCAUGUUAAAUUUCUAAUUCUCAAAAUAAAAUUGGACGUGAUGGUAAUACAAGGAAAGCAAAUCCCCCUGCCUCACCUGCAUGAUGCAGCCGCUCAAGCUUCAGGCUGUUUUUGUAGUGUGUGUUUAGAGUUGUGUAACUGUAAAUCUGUAAAUAAUUUUUUGUGACUCACAGCAAACAAAAACCUGCAGUUACAGAUAAAUCUUUGCACGUUGCGACAUAUGUGUGCAGAUCAGUACAAAUUUCAUGUAAGAAGACAGCCUGACUGAGCUAUUACCAAACACGAUAUGAAAGAUGGACACGGACACUGUGGUCAUUGUGAAGUCAUUGUGUAGAAGCCUCAAGCAGAGCAUCUGCUGCUGUGUGUGUGACAAGCGAGGAGUGUAUCUGAUACAUAAACCGCACACCUGCACAGUAGCAGCUCAUCACCCUCGUCUUUAACUUUCAUUUGGACUGUACAAAGUGAUCAUCAUGUUGUAAUAGAACCAUGAAGUCAUCAGAGGUCAUAGACUUCACUGGAUGCUCGCCCGCCCCCUGCUGGCCAUGAGAAACAGUGCAGGCUUACUAAGAUAAUUAAUGGCCUUUAACAUCAAAAACAUAACCAUCUAAGUACAACAUGAAACAAAACUGUGCAGCUAAAUAGUUAAAAUAACUUAAAAUCUUUUUAAGAGACUCUUCUGAUAUUAAUAAAAUCUUUCCAAGUGACAU